AUGACCAACGAGGAAGACGUACUCCAGUGCAUCAUCGGUCGUCUCCUUCUAAGGCACGCAGCCCACUUGUUCACAGGGACGCCAUGGGCGGAAAUACAGUUUGGCAGAACGGAGAAAGGCAAACCCUAUUUGGUCAAUCCACCCAACACCAGUUUUGGUCUAAAUAUUACCCAUCAGGGCGAUUAUGUGGGUUUUGCCAGCAGCUGCACCUCCAAAGUCGGUGUCGAUCUGAUGAGGCUUGAUAAAGAAAGAGCAGGAAAAACAGCUGAUGAAUACAUAAACUCUAUGGCAAAAUCAGCAUCGCCGGAUGAGCUGAGAAUGAUGAGGGGACAGCCUACUGAGGCUAUGAAAAUGACUAUGUUCUAUCGCUACUGGUGUUUGAAAGAGGCUAUACUCAAAGCUACUGGAGAUGGUAUCCUCGAUGAUCUCAGCCGUAUUAAUUUCCAAGUCAACAUGAGCGACCGAUACAGACCUGGGUGCUUCGUAACAUCUACGACCGUCUUAUUAGACGGGAAGUUGCAAGAUCAAUGGAUUUUCGAAGAAACAUUUGCUGAUGGAAAUCAUGCAGCUGCUGUCUGCAAAGAGAAAGCUUUACCGAGAGGAUGCAUCUUCAGAAAGGAUCCGGAUGCGAAAAUGUUCUUCUCGAAGGUACCUUUUGAAAGCUUGCUGGAACACGCGGUAGUGCUCAAUCCUCUUCCAAAUGAUGGCCUCGGCGCUUAUGAAGACUUCGUAAAGAAACCGCGAAAGACAUUCUAA